AUGUCAUCAUAUAGUGAAGAAGAUCCAUUAAGUGAACCAAGAAAUGUUCAACACUUGGAUUUAUCAAAAUUAUCCCCACAGGAAUUGAGAAUCUAUAAAAUGUAUGGUAAAUUGCCAACCACUCAACAAAUCUUGACUUCAAAAUUCCAAGAUAAGAAAUAUUUCGAUAGUGGUGAUUAUGCUAUGCAAAAACAAACUGGUUUUAAAAGUGGUGUUCCUGGUGCCAUGUCCAUGAAACAUCCAAAUGCCGAAAGAAUGAAGGAAAUGUCCGUGAGAAACUCAAUAAGUGCAACCAAUGCUCAAGUACUUUUGAAUGGAAAAUCCGGAUUACUAAAUGAAAGUACACCAUCAAAUGAAGAUGAUAAAUCAAAGGAAAAGUAA